CACCAGGUUCAGUGUUUGUGUGACGGACGGGUUCUGAUUGUUUCAGAUGUGACGUUCAUCCAUCUGCUUCCUCUCUGUGCUUCUUGUCUGCAGCAGGAGGUGUUUGCAGGAACUCUGCCGGUGAUAACGUCCUGCGUGGACGGAUAUAACGUCUGCAUCCUGGCCUACGGACAAACCGGAUCAGGGAAGACCUACACCAUGAUGGGGAGCAAGGAAAACCCUGGAGUCAACAUCAGGUCUAUACAAGAGCUGCUUCGUAUUUGUGCAGACAAAGAAAAGGUCUCCUACACUCUGAAGAUUUCCAUGCUGGAGAUUUACAACGACACUCUGAACGACCUUUUGACCAAAGGCACCAGCGUCGCUCUCGACAUUCGAGUCCGAGGAAAGUCGGUGUCGGUCCCAGGACUGACUCAGAUCCUGGUCCGGACUGAGGCAGACAUCCUCAGCGUCAUGGAAACGGGCGAGAAGAACCGAAAGAUCGCCUCCACCAACAUGAACAUUCAGAGUUCUCGCUCUCACCUGGUGGUGUCACUGGAGGUGGAGGGUUCAGACGAGGUCUCGGGUCUGACGUCUCGCGGCACGCUGACCCUGUGCGACCUCGCCGGUUCAGAGCGAAUCUCUAAGACCGAAGCCGAGGGUCAGAGGCUGGUGGAGGCUGCCGCCAUCAAUAAGUCUCUGACGGCCCUGGGACAGGUGUUCAGCGCUCUGAAGUGUAACGCGUUCCACAUCCCAUUCAGGAACUCUAAACUCACCCACCUCCUGCAGCCCUGCCUCAGCGGAGACGCCAAGGUACAAAAACUCAUCAGUAAUAUUUGUCAGCCUGUGACCACAUCUGGAGAACCUGAGGAAGAACCUUCUCGUUGUAUCCGUGUCCUGGGGUGUGAGGUUUAACAGAUGUGGGCGUGAACCAGGUGGAGGUUAUUCAG